AUGCAGUCACGUUUUUUCCACCUGACGUCAAUUGAGAUGCCCUGGUCCCUCGGCGCGGCGGCGAGGUCCGACGGGUUGAGGCUGAAAGAUGCAGCAGUGCAUGGCUUGGAUCCUUGCUGCCCAUCGCCUCCAGCACGUGCCAGCCGACUGCACCGCACCCAGCGUCCCUCCCGUCGCCCUGCUCCCAGGGACGGCGACCGACCGAGAGAGGCGACAACGUCGCCGGUGUCGCUCUUCAAGGUGAGGCUCGUUGUUCUGGACGAGAUGUGGCGGAGCAGACCAACGUUGCCGAGGACCGCGCCUGCUCUGCCACCGUCAUUCGACCGCCUGGCAAAGCUUCCCGUUCCCCUUCCGUUUUGA